AUGACAGAUACUGGUGCUGAUUGUUGUAGAAUUUGGGAAAUGGUUGUUUGUGGCGUUAAAGGACAUGUGGGUUAUAGUUGGAGUUCGUCGCCGUUGGACAGUGAAUUAGCAGAUCUUUUGGAUGUCAACUAUUCAGACAACCCUUUUACUUGGUCCAAUAAACGUCAAGGGAAUGAGUUAAUUUUAAAAAGGAUAGACCGGACAUUUUCCAAUGAUAAUUGGUUUCACUUUUUUCCUAACUCUAUUGUCUAUCAUCUAUUUCCAUUUGGAAGUGAUCAUGUGCCCAUUAUGCUUUCUAGUACUGAAGAUGUAGGAGUAGCUAAGAAGCCUUUUAGGUUCAAUAAAUGCAUGCUUAGGGAUGAUUCUUGUAAGCAGGUUAUUUCUAGUCACUGGAUCCAUGACACCCAAGGUUCAUAUGCCUUUAAACACUCUAAAUCUCUGUCUUUUGUAAAAAUUGAUCUUAGAGAAUGGUCUUACAGAGAGAUGAGGGAUUUUAAUAUGCAUAUUAAAGAUGAAAUAGAAAGGGUUAAUAACCUUCCUCAUUCUAUAAAAAAAGAUGUUGAGUUGUUAUUGGAUUUGAAUGCUAAAUUGAAAUACUGGAAUGAAGUUCAGCAUGACUAUUAA